CGGACAUUGAGGUUAAGUUUGUUUUGGUGAGUUUUCGACGAGACUUUUGUGCUGAAAGAAGGGUAGCGUUCGAUUCGCACUGAAAAUGACGAAACUGCGUAAACAGCGCCGCCGGAAAGUGUAUCGUUACAACGUAAACAGAAAACGCAUGCGAAACAAAGUUGUUGCCACGGGGAAAAUCGAAUGUGCGGCGGUUAAAACGGAGUGGGACUCCCGCAAAUCCGUGGAAACGAACCUCGACGACAUGGGUCUGUCGCACGACCCGAACAAAACCAUCAAGGUGCCCAAUAAAAAAAAAGAAUUAAAAGACAGGAUCGCAGACAGCGGCGAGUGGCGGUGCGAACCCCUGCAAGAAAAUCAGCGGAGGCCGAAGACGCACGUCGCCGAAUCGUUAGAGGCGGACGCAAAGGCGCCUCGUGAGCACAAAUUCCGGUUACCCAAGAGUCACGUCGAGUGGAUCACGUAUUUAAUGAAAAAAUAUGGCAACGACUACAAGGCGAUGGAGAGGGAUAGGAAAAACUACUAUCAGGAGACGUGGAAGCAGCUGAGGCAGAAAAUUAAGAUGUUUAAGAAAAUUCCCGCACAUUACAACAAGUACCUUGCAGAGAACGGCUUGGUUGCCGAUUUCGAAGAACCUCAGUUAUCCGAUGGGGAAUUAUGA